AUGUCUGCGACGACAACGACAGCCCCGGCCCCCUCGUCGCUCACCGCGCUCAUCUCGCAGUCCGGCGCCGCCGAUCCCAUCUCCGCGCUCACGACCCAGAUCCUCCACAAUCUGCAGUACCAGCAUCUUUGGACCUCCUUGCGCAUACACAAGCCUUCCUCUCCUUCUUCUGCUGAUGGAGAAGCAGCAUCUUCCUCCUCCUCCUCACCCGAGCAGCUGGUCUCUGCUUCUGCCAUGCCCCUGAUCUCCGGCAUCCCCCCGCACAGACUGUACACCCAUCCAGAUGAGCAGGCGUACAUGCUGGAGAUCGGCCUGCGCGACGAGGACCUUCUCCCGGAGCGGGUGUUUGUCCUCCCGACUGCCAAGGGCCAGACCUGGUCUCUCCGCAAGCUGGCUGCCGUCUUUGACUCUCUUCCCGAGCCUGAUGUUCCUGACAGCAGCAGCGCGGCAGAUGCGGUAGCAGCAGACAACAAGGAGAAAGCCGCCAAACUAGCAAAAUACUACGAGCGGAGACGGAAGGUCAACGCCUCCAAGGAAUGGGGCGGCAAGAGACUGUUGCUCGCGAUGGUGGAUAGAGGGAUAGGCGGCGACGGCACCGUGGUGUACUACAUCGUCCAAGAGGGGACCGUGAAGCCGAGGCAGAAUUGA